AUGACCUGCCCAGUUGUUUCGAUUCUACACCAAAAUUUUCAGAAAGCGAAUGCCCAACCGCCUUGCCUUUACCUGGCUCUAACCUCGCUCUUUUCACCCGCCCUCUAUUCGGUUAUUAUCAGUCUUUGUAAACCCGUCAAUUUCAACUGGAGAGAAUAUUUGAGAAUUCAGCCACUCGGAAGCCACAACUAUGUCUCUAUCGAGGUGUCUGGUGUGUCUGAUAAGAAUGUUGCCGUCCAGGAAGACGUGGAGAUCAAAGUUCAAGAAGACCAACCCAAUACGUCUGUUGCUAUGGAAAUAACAAUUGUACCUCUGGAUUAUCUCGAGCAUCCGUUCAAUGCCGAAACGAUCUACGGCUUACAUCGUUGGCUCAAGAUUAAUUGGGUUACUAUGUUUGUUGGGAUUUUGAUCACAUGGUUCGCCUGGCCGCUGUCCCUAUAUCGAGAUUAUAUCUUUAGCAAGAGCUUUUUCACUGGCUGGGUAGUUGUUGCCGUCAUUGGCAAUUCUUUGCGUUCAUGGCGGUGGUGGUGCAUCCUCUAUGGGCCGGCCAGAGUCAGAUUCUACAGGCCUUCUCUAGUACCCAUGUGUCACGAGAGACAUUGGUAA